AUGGAACGUAUCGCUAUCGAUAAUUCUGGUACUCUUAGAUCAUUUUAUGAUGGAUGUCAAGAUAUUAUAAGAGGAAAAUUAAUUGGCAACUUCAUAACACAAUCUACUUCAUGUGAAGAACAACCAACAUGCUUAUUAAUCAAGGGUCGUACGCCUGAAAGUCAAAAUCUACUCGCGAAAAUAAACAUCGACUGGGAGUUACGAUUGAGUAUUUACCUAAAACUGGUUCCAGUAAGUGGAAUCGCUUCUUUGAUUAAUUAUCCUCGAAGAAUUGAUAAAAAUACUCGUUUCUUAUAUUUUCACCAAAAAACUUACACAGAAUCGUGUCAUGACAGCUUUAACGAUUCAGAAACACCAUCGUUUUCUAAAACAUGUGCUACACAUAUUAUAACUGAAAUCAACUGGGGUAUGAAUAUUAUAAUUGUUCUACAAUUAGCACCUGAUCAAGCAAUAAAGAUUGACCCCAUACUUGAAAAAAUAACUCUCUCUUUAAUAAAUGAUACACGUGCGAUGAGGAUGAAGCAAGAUGAAAAAGAUUUAUGUGAAACUGUCAUAUCAAUCACAGUCUAUGCAAAUAUAGAUGAAUUUACUAAAUUAACCAAAUUAGAAGAUGUUUAUCGGGAAAUAUUCAAAUUAAAGAAGGUUCGAAAUGAACAUCAACGUUUAAGCUACAUUCUCUUUCCGAUCAGAACUUUAUAUCCUCAGUGUACUGAAAAUAAUCUAACAUUUAUGUGUAUUGAUCAGUCCGUUGCGGAAUCGUUAGAAGUCUAUUUACUUCAAAAAUGCAAUGAACUAAAACUAUUACGUUUUCGCCUUAACCAUGAUUUACCUAAUUUGUUACAAGGUAAACUAGAAGAACAAUUAAAAGAGUCUCAUACAUGUCUCGGACAAAUAGAUGAAAUUCAUGAGCAACAACUUCAACAAAUUCGUGAGUUAGUUAUAAAAAUUCGCAAAGAAAUCAAUAUACAAAAUUCGAUUGAUAAAAUAACGGAAUUAUAUUCCCAAACGACAGUCAGUAAUUCUCUACAAAAAUUAACUAACAUUCUCGAUGAAUUGAAAACGAAAGGCAAACUCAUUACAAAAUUACAAAAAAAUGGAUUUGAAUACUGCAAUGUUGCAGAUUUAGGCAUUCGUAAUGGAUUAGCAGACAGUCAAAUUAUUGAUAUACUUUUUGGCAAUGAUUCUCAAAAAGCUUUAUUGUUUUCAAAUGAUACAUUUAGAAAUGAUGAUCAGAAAAAUUGGACUAUAUUAUAUUCUCAAAUGAUCGAGGAAAGCAAAAAUAAUCCUC